GUGGUCGCAUCGCUUCCCGGCUUUGAGUUCACUCGCCGACCUCUUCGAUCGAGAUCGACCACUUUUUCGUGAGCAACAGAAAAACCUUCCCUCCUUCGAUUUGGUGAACGCGCGCAGGACGCGUCCGUACGUGUCCCGCUCAUUUCUACGAGGGUGAACGCAAGUGAUACUUUGAUUUUCUGAGUGCAAAAAAAAGAGAGAAAAUAGAAUACGAGAGAGAAAAAAUUGCCAACGGAACAAAAUCCACAGCGGCAAAUAAUUGCAGGCCACUUUUCCCUGUUUGAUCGUUUACGUAGUAACGUUUACGUAGUAAAACAACUAAGAUUAUCACAUGGCGUUGACUUUGAGAAAACCCCGCACUAUGACAAUUAUCAUGCUGACCUGUAUCAUCACAUUAAUCUUCUGCAUCGCUGAUUGCGCGGCCGGAUCCUGUCUAAGCUACGGACAUUCUUGUUGGGGAGCGCACGGAAAGCGCAGCGAUGCACCCGCCAUACGCCUCCUGACAGCUAAGUCUUUGUUGAGCAAAUCCCCGCAAAAGAACAUCGUGCAUUCUUCGAAGGCGCAGUGGAUUCUAUCCCGCUUGAUUACCGGACAACCCCUAUUACCGUUGACGGAUAAAUAUCCUGUUAGAUGGAACAGCUUUCCUAAGGAUAAAACAUUUAUUCCAUCAAAGUGGGACGCGGCAUCACUGAAUGAUGAUAGCACUAUAUCAGUCAGAAUUCCAAUUAACAACGAAAAUGAAAAUGAAAACAAUAAGCGGAAGAUUAACAACGCACAAGAUGUAAUGCGUAAUAUGAACGAAAAACUUGAAAACAUUCCAGAAAUCUUGCUAGUUCCAACUGAUGAGUACGAUAAGCCAAUUAAUCCUCAAAAGUUAGAUAUACUUAAAUUUCUGAAUGAAGAGAAUGGAAAUACGAAAUAAACGAAAUGUAAAAGACUGUAAGAUAUAGUGACGAAAAAAAAUUUUCAGCAAACAGAUCAGCAAACAGAUCUA